AUGCAUAUUGGUAAUUAUAUUGGGGCUUUCCUUUCGUCUGACCCCAAUAAUUUCUCAGGAGGGUGGAAGGCGUUUUUACGUAUUAGGGUUCUCAUGGAUGUGCGCCUCCCAUUGAAAAGGAGAAUGAAGUUAAGGAAGCUAGGGGGCGAAUGGAUUUGGGUUACAUUCAAAUACGAGAAACUGCCUACCUUUUGCUUUAUUUGCGGAAUAAUUGGCCAUGCAGAUUCUUCUUGUGAAAAAUUAUAUGACGCUCAAGGUAGGGAGAUCGAAAGACCUUAUGGUCUUUUCCUAAAAGCUCCAUCUCGGAAUGUUUCUGCUUCAGACGGCGAGAGGUGGCUCUGUAGUUCGUCGGCGGAGGAUUCAAGUUCUAAAUAUGGGAAGGACGUUAAUGACGCUAUAAAUGAGGAAAUUUCCAUGCAAGAAGGAGAAAAUCGCUCAGCAGUUAUUAAGGGAAAGGGCGUGAAUCAUGAAUCUGCUUCAACCAAUCCAAUCCCUAAAAAGCUGCCACCUUUAAUGCCUAAAUUCAAGGAGAAUCCUUUAUUCAUUAAAACACAUGCUGAAUAUAUGCAAGGAAUGGACAACACUAAUAACUUAAGCCUCGUUGUUAUGGACCAGAAGAGACGCAGGACAGAUCCACGGCACAGUGGAGGUUUAGCCCUUCUAUGGAAGGAACAAAAUAUGGCCUCACUCAUUAGGUUGUCUCGUUUUCAUAUCGAAGUGGAAGUGACAAUAUAUGAUCAACCGAAAUGGCGUCUUACGGGCUAUUAUGGCACUCCCAAUCGAAACAAGCAUCGAGAGAGUUGGGACCUCUUACGACGCCUCACAUCCUCAUCUACCUUACCAUGGGUUGUUCUCGGGGAUUUUAAUGAUCUUCUCUUCCAACAUGAAAAGAUGGGCCAACACCAACACCCAUCAUGGCUACUUAACGGAAUCAAGGAAGCAAUUGAAGAUUGCCAAAUAUCAGACCUGGGAAUGGAUGGAUACCAAUUUACUUGGUGCAAAAGUAGGGGCUCGCCGGGAUGGAUUGAGGAGAGACUCGACCGGGCUUUUACAUCUUCAAACUGGACUGAAGUUUUCCCGGGCGCUAAAGUCAACAACCUGGGGUUUUUUUCAUCUGAUCAUGCACCUAUAUUUUUGCAACCAGUAGCUGUAAUUCCCUGGCAAUCUACAAGGAGAUUCCGUUUCGAAAAUAUGUGGUUACGCGAAGAAGAUUGCAAGCAAGUUAUCUACUCAAGUUGGGACAAAUCAGUUGGUGAACCUCUUUUAAACCGUAUCAAAGACCGUGGUGAAGAUUUGUUAUGUUGGGGAGGUUCCGGUUUACGUAAAUUGAAUGUCAAGAUACGACAAUGUAGAGCCCUUAUAAUUCGACUUCAAAGCAGAACAGAUUCGGACGAUGAACCAGGCCAGGCUGCUUCAGAUCAUGGUUUCGUGACUUCUGACCCAAUCCCAGAGGCUAAGGAAGCAACGGUCGUAGCAAAUACAAAAAUCUUUUUGCAUCAGUGGCGUGAAGCCCAUCAACCAGCCACAACACCGAACCGGAACCCUCAGACGCUGGACUUUGUUCAAUGGCACCCACCUGUGGCAGGCUCACUUAAAAUCAACAUUGAUGCUGCAAUUUUUGAGAACCAGGAAAGAGCUGGACUUGGACUUGUGAUACGUGAUGACCGGGGCUCUUUUAUUGCUGCCAAAGUUAUUCCGGUUAGGGGGAUUACCGAUCCACUUAUUGCAGAAGUUUUGGGAGUUCGCGAGGCUCUUUCUUGGCUAAAAGUUCGAUUCCCCGAGGUCCAAAUAAUCGAGAUGGAUGCUCUUUUGGUCUAUAAUGCGCUUCAACAAAACAAAGUUGACAAUUCCUAUUUCGGACUGCUUAUUGAAGACUGUCGACUCCUCGCAAGUGAUAUGCCAAACAUUAAAUUCAGUUGGGUGAGGAGAUCGGCCAAUCAAGUUGCACACAUACUAGCUAAGGCUGCUAGUUCCUUUCAUGAUACCAUUGAAUGGUCUUAUUUCUCGCCUUUAUUUAUCUCGAAUGUACUCCUUGCCGAUUUGAUUAAUGAAUAA